GCACAUCGGCAGUGGUUGCAGUAAUGCGUCUGUUCGGCGUUUUCAUGGCAUGCAUUUCAAACGAAGCCGAAGAAGAAGAUCCAGCGCUUUUUUUUGGUCGAGGUGGUUGGAUUCUGUCUCGAGUGAACGAUGGCUGAAGGCGAGCCGAAAGCGAAAAAGAUCAAAGUAGAAGAAAAGAAGCUAAGCCAAAACACGCUCUUCGGGAUGGGGAAUCCCCUGCUGGACAUCAGUGCGGUGGUGGACAAGGACUUCCUGGACAAGUUUGGACUGAAGCCAAACGACCAGAUACUGGCUGAGGACAAGCACAAAGCACUGUUUGAGGAGAUGGUGAAGAAGUUCUCUGUGGAGUACCACGCUGGAGGCUCCACUCAGAACUCCAUGAAGAUCGCCCAGUGGAUGAUCCAGGAGCCCCAGGGCGUGGCCACGUUCUUCGGCUGCAUCGGGACGGACCGCUUCGGGGAGAUCCUGAAGGAGAAGGCGGAGGAGGCGCACGUGGACGCCCGCUACUACCAGCAGGAGGAGGAGCCUACAGGGACCUGCGCUGCCUGCAUCACCGGGGACAACAGGUCUCUGGUUGCUAACCUAGCGGCCGCUAACUGCUACAAGAAGGACAAACACCUGGACCUGGAGGAGAACUGGAAGCUGGUGGAGAAGGCCAAAGUCUAUUACAUCGCUGGCUUCUUCCUGACCGUGUCGCUGGAGUCCAUCCUGAAGGUGGCCAGGCACGCCUCAGAGCAAAACAAGCUCUUCAGCCUGAACCUCUCCGCCCCCUUCAUCAGCCAGUUCUACAAGCAGCAGAUGAUGGAGGUCAUGCCCUACGUGGACAUCCUGUUCGGCAACGAGACGGAAGCCGCCACAUUCGCCAGGGAGCAGGGCUAUGAGACGGAGGACAUCGAGGAGAUCGCCAGGAAAGCGCAGGACCUGCCGAAGGUGAACAAGAAGAGGCAGAGAGUGGUGGUGUUCACGCAGGGGAAGGACGGCACGGUCCUGGCCAAAGGAGAUAAAGUGAUGACAUUCCCGGUGCUGGAGAUCAACCCCAGUGACAUCGUGGACACUAACGGUGCAGGAGACGCCUUCGUGGGAGGCUUCCUGUCGGAGCUGGUGCAGGAGAAGCCCAUGGAGCAGUGUGUCCGGGCGGGGCACUACGCCGCCAACGUCAUCAUCCGCCGAGCCGGCUGCACCUUCCCCGAUAAACCCGACUUCCACUGAUGUCCCGCCCCACGGACCCCUGCCCACAAUGCAACACCUCGUUCUUUCAUUGGCCCGGACUCCCGCCUAUCCCCCCCUCCAUCUGACUGCCCUGUUAACUGCCCCCUUUUUUUAAUCUGUACGACCCCUGGAGUUUUACAAGGACCCAAUUGCCUGCUGCCUACAAGACUUCAUUUUAUCAGAAAUACUUUUAAAUCGUUUUAAUAUUUUAUUGUAUCUUUUCCCCAGCGGUGGAAGUGGAUGCUGGAAAGUGAGGAGUGUUAAUUAAUGCUAAUGUGUGUUUGGCGCGUGCGUUCAUGCUGCUGCAUUAGGACAGAAAUUGCAGGAUGAUUAACCAGUGAAGCAAUGCGCACUGGGAAAUGAGUGAUUUGCUUUAGUCAGAGUUAGACGUGUGCGGAGGCUCGGCCCGAACACGCUCUUUCACAGCCCCGUCGUGUGGAUUCUGAGACCCACUGAGAAGGAUUCAGAGAAUAACGCAGUAUUCUCCACACCUGUGCCAAUAAAACCUUCCGUGGUGAAACCA